AUCUCUCUGACUGAUCAUCGAUCAGCUGAUCGGAUUCAUCAGCUGCACGCGGAGCAGCGCGUCAUGAGGUGAGCCCGGAUCAGCUGCUGCAACCCGCCCGUCUGCCCGCUCCUCCACCAGCAGCCUCCAGCUCCUCCACCCGUCUCUCUCCCCGAUCCACCUGUCUGUCUCCCCGCCCGUCUCUCCGCCAUGGGGAACCGGGGCAUGGAGGAGCUCAUCCCGCUGGUGAACCGGCUCCAGGACGCCUUCGCCUCCAUCGGCCAGAACUCGAGCCUGGACCUGCCGCAGAUCGCGGUGGUGGGCGGGCAGAGCGCCGGGAAGAGCUCGGUGCUGGAGAACUUCGUGGGCAAGGACUUCCUCCCUCGUGGUUCAGGGAUCGUCACUCGGCGCCCCCUGGUGCUGCAGCUCAUCAACUGUCCAACAGAGUUCGCAGAGUUCCUACACUGCAAAGGGAAGAAGUUCAUCGACUUUGAUGAAGUCCGUCAGGAGAUCGAAGCAGAAACGGAUCGAAUCACCGGGCAGAACAAAGGGAUUAGUCCGGUCCCCAUAAACCUGAGAGUUUACUCGCCCAACGUGCUGAACCUGACUCUGGUGGAUCUUCCCGGGAUGACCAAGGUCCCGGUGGGAGACCAGCCAGCCGACAUUGAGAACCAGAUCAGGGAGAUGCUCAUGCAGUUCGUCACCAAGGACAACUGCCUCCUAUUGGCUGUUUCCCCUGCCAACUCUGACCUGGCCAACUCUGACGCUCUCAAGAUCGCCAAGGAGGUCGACCCACAAGGUCUGAGGACCAUCGGUGUGAUCACCAAACUGGAUCUAAUGGAUGAAGGAACCGAUGCCAGGGACAUUCUGGAGAACAAACUGCUUCCACUACGCAGAGGUUACAUCGGGGUGGUGAACCGCAGUCAGAAGGACAUCGACGGCAAGAAGGACAUCACAGCUGCUCUGCAGGCUGAGAGGAAGUUCUUCCUGUCGCACCCGUCAUACCGACACCUGGCCGACCGCAUGGGCACCGCCUACCUGCAGAAAGUCCUCAACCAGCAACUGACCAACCACAUCCGCGACACGUUGCCGGGGUUACGCAGCAAACUGCAGAGCCAGCUGCUGUCCAUCGAGAAGGAGGUGGAGGAGUACAAGAACUUCAGACCGGACGACCCGGGACGCAAGACCAAGGCCCUGCUGCAGAUGGUGCAGCAGUUCGCCGUGGACUUUGAGAAGCGGAUCGAAGGGUCAGGAGAUCAGGUGGAAACCUACGAGCUGUCAGGAGGCGCAAAGAUCAACCGCGUCUUCCACGAACGCUUCCCCUUCGAGCUGGUCAAGCUGCAGAGUGAAGAGAAGGCCCUCCGUAAAGAGAUCAGCUACGCCAUCAAGAACAUCCAUGGAAUCAGGACGGGUCUCUUCACACCUGACAUGGCGUUCGAGACGAUCGUGAAGCGUCUGAUCGCUCAGAUCAAAGAGCCGUGUCAGAAGUGUGUCGACAUGGUGAUCAACGAGCUGGUGAACACUGUCAGGCAGUGUACGCAGAAGCUGGCUCAGUACCCGAUGCUCAGAGAGGAGAUGGAGAGGAUCGUGACUCAGCACAUCAGAGACCGAGAGAGUCGCACCAAAGACCAGGUGAUGCUGCUGAUCGACAUUGAGCUGGCAUACAUGAACACCAACCAUGAAGACUUCAUCGGCUUUGCAAAUGCUCAGCAGAAGAGCAGUCAGAUGAACAAGAAGAAAGCAGCAGGAAACCAGGACGAGAUAAUGGUGAUCCGUAAAGGCUGGCUGACCAUCAACAACAUCAGCAUCAUGAAGGGAGGAGCUAAAGAGUACUGGUUUGUCCUGACUGCGGAGACCCUGUCCUGGUACAAAGAUGACGAGGAGAAGGAGAAGAAGUACAUGCUGCCUGUGGACAACCUAAAACUCAAAGACAUCGAGAAAAGCUUCAUGUCCAGCAAACACAUCUUUGCCCUGUUCAACACUGAGCACAGGAAUGUGUACAAAGACUACCGGCAGCUGGAGCUGGCCAGCGAGUCUCAGGACGAGGUGGACGGCUGGAAGGCUUCUUUCCUACGAGCUGGAGUGUACCCCGAACGCACCGUGGACAAAGAGAAGGUGGAGGUGGAGGAGGCGAGCGGGGACGGGCAGAUCCACAGUCUGGACCCUCAGCUGGAGCGACAGGUGGAGAUCGUCAGGAACCUGGUGGACUCGUACCUGUCCAUCAUCCACCGCACCGUCAGAGACCUCAUCCCCAAGACCAUCAUGCACCUGAUGGUCAACAACACGAAAGAGUUCAUCCACUCUGACCUGCUGGCUCAGCUGUACUCCUGCGGAGACCAGAACAGCCUGAUGGAGGAGUCCCAGGAACAGGCUCAGCACCGUGAUGAGAUGCUCAGGAUGUACCACGCCCUGCGCGAAGGCCUCAGCAUCAUCGGUGACAUCAGCACCUCCACCAUCACCACGGUGAUGCCUCCGCCCGUCGACGACUCCUGGCUGCAGGUGACGGGGAUGCCGUCAGGACGCAGAUCUCCCAUGUCCAGCCCGACCCCCCAACGCCGGGCCCCUCCUGGACCUCCUCGUCCAGGCGGUCGCGCUGCCCCCGGCCCUCCAUCUCGUCCCGCAGUGUCACCUGACCCUGGAGCGCCCUCUGUGCCCUCCCGACCCAACAGAGCGCCCCCACCUGGAGUCCCCAGUCGUCCCAGUAAAGGUAGCCCCGCCCACGGAGAGAGCCCCCAGUCUUCUAUUGAGGGUUAACCUGAACCGAUUGUGUGUUUGUGUCUCUACUGAACUGUUCUACUGGUCUCUACUGAUGCUGUGUUACUGUGAACGUUACUAUAAAGUAAUAAUAAUAAUAAUAAUGAUGACAAUGAUUAUCAGCACAUUAAGACUAUAAAGUAAAUAUUACUGCAAUACUGCGUGUAUCGAUGUGUAAUGAAGCUGUCUGUCCAGGAGAGUGAGACAGGUCAGCUGCCUGUCUGUCUGCCUCCUCACACUGUCAAAACGACAGUGACAGAAAUAGGUGAUUAAUCACAUCAGGUUUAUAAAGUACUGUAGAAACCUCCAGAGACGCUGUCGAAGUGAAGACCUCUGGAUGUUCAGGCUUUCGUUCAGUUCCUCUUUUUUUCUGUCUUGUAUGAAGCUCAUGUUGUUUGUGCUGAAACGUUGCAACGCGAGAACUUUUCUUUACAGUGUAAAGUUUACUUAUUGUUUUAACUUAUGUAUUGAUUAAUCUAUUUAUUGAUUUAUUUAUUAUCUGCGGUUCUUGUGAAUAUGGUGUUAUCGUUAAUGUUUCCCACCAACCACAUUUAGCAUUGCUAUAGCAGAGCUAACAUCUCGUUCUAAAUGGCUCUGACUUGGCCCAACUUGUUCUGAUUUCUAAAUUUUUCUGACUCCCAUUUGGUUUAAACAAAUUCCAGCUGGUUCUGACUGGACCAACCUGUUCCAACUCGCUUCCACCGGCUCCAUUCGCUUUUAAUUUGAUCUAACUGGUCAGUUUCCAGGCAGGUUACAUCCGGUUCGAAAUGGUUCCAGCUAAUUCCGACUGGUUGUAACUUGUUUUAUUUGGCUUUUACUGGUUAUAAGUUGUUCAUACUGGUUCCAGCUGUUUGUAAAUGGCUCUGACAGCUUCCAGUUGGUUUCAACUGGGUUUCAAACCCAAACUGCCAACAGCAACCAUCUAAUAUUCACAAUGUGGAGGCAUCGGUAGCUUCACACUUUCUUUUUUGGGCCAUUUCCCAAUAAUUUCUGUGGUGUAUAACAUAUGUGCAUUUGACUCUAGCACACCACAUUUCCUUGCGAGUUUUUUACAAAGUCAACAUUAAUUAAUUGUGUUAAAUUGAUUCUGAAUGAAACAACUGAAUCAUGUCUUUUUCUCAGCUGAUUUAUUACCUCAGUCAAGUUUAUGGUCUCAGUCGCUAGUUUCAGGUCUUCUUCAACACAGCAGUAAAGUAUGGUC